GACUGCGGACACAGUACGGGAGAUGGCCAGAGACUGCGGACACAGUACGGGAGAUGGCCAGAGACUGCGGACACAGUACGGGAGAUGGCCAGAGACUGCGGACACAGUACGGGAGAUGGCCAGAGACUGCGGACACAGUACGGGAGAUGGCCAGAGACUGCGGACACAGUACGGGAGAUGGCCAGAGACUGCGGACACAGUACGGGAGAUGGCCAGAGACUGCGGACACAGUACGGGAGAUGGCCAGAGACUGCGGACACAGUACUGGAGACGACCAGAGACUGUGGACACAGUACAGGAGACGACCAGAGACUGCGGACACAGUACAGGAUAUGACUAUAGACUGCAGACACCGUACAGGAGAUGGACCAGAGACUGAGGUCAUACUAUAGGAGAUGACCAGAGACAGCAGACAUAGUACAGGAGAUGACCAGUGACUGCGGACAACAGUACAGGGGAUGACCAGAGACUGCAGAAAGUAAAGGGGAUGACCAGAGACUGCAGACAGUACAGGGGAUGACCAGACACUGCGGAC